AUGGCCCGGCAGCAGCUGGUUGUGGCAGUGUUCGCCGCUUUGGUUGGCAUGUACGCCCUGGCCGGCGCCGUCGACGCCGCCGGCACCACUUUACCGCCUCUGUCGAAGUUCGGGAAGAGGGACCAACAGCUCACCUGCAAAGGUGACAAAAACAGCCAGUACUGCGAGGGCACCUGCCCCAUCAAGUGCCCCGGCAAGUGCCUGGUCCUCUGCCCAGGCUGCAAGACAUACUGUGAGUGCGACUUAUUCCCCGGCACAUCAUGUGGGGACCCUCGUUUCACGGGCGCCGACGGGAACAACUUCUACUUCCAUGGAAAGAAGGAUCAGAACUUCUGUGUCGUCUCUGAUGCUGGCCUCCACAUCAACACCCAUUUCAUCGGUAAACGCAACCCUGCUAUGCGUCGUGACUUCACUUGGAUCCAGGCUCUUGGCAUCCGUUUUGCCGAUCACCGCCUAUACAUGGGUGCCCAGAAGACCGUCAUGUGGGAUGAUGAUGUGGACCGCCUCGAGCUGACAUUUGAUGGCAUGCAAGUCGACAUCCCCACCGAGAUUGACGAGACAUGGCAACCCACCACUGUGCCGGCAUUGACCGUUACGAGGACCUCCAUGACCAACCGCAUCAAAGUUGAGCUCAAGGGAGUGUUCAGCAUCCAUGCUAGUGUGGUACCCAUCACCGUGGAGGACUCUAUUAUCCACAACUACGGUGUGACGGAGGAUGACAGCCUUGCCCACUUCGACCUCGGCUUCAAGUUCUAUGACCUGACCGAUGAUGUCCACGGCGUGCUCGGCCAAACUUACCGCACUGACUAUGUCAACAAGCUCAGUGUUAGCGCAAACAUGCCAAUCAUGGGUGGUGCUCCGAACUACGUCACCUCCGAUAUCUUCGCCACCGACUGCAAGGUGGCUAGGUUCGGCCACCAGGCCGGGAUCUCCAUGGUCACUACCAGGGCCAGUUAA